CCAGCCAGAGGAGAGAAGUGGGCGACACACAGAGACAGAGAAGGGAGCCAGAGGAGAGAACCAAAGAGCCAGUCAUAGAGAGAGUGAGAGGGAACGGGAGCUGUGGGACGUGAGGUGAAAAUGGCACAACGUCUGCGUUUGUACUUUGGCUCAGGCCGCAGUAACACAGCCCCGGAGAUACUGGAAGGAGACACUGAAGAGCAGCAGGGAGAUAAUGACGUGGUCACGGCGCUCCGCAUGCAGCCACCUCCGGUACCGAGGCCUUCUCAAGAGCAAGCUGCGCAGAAUGUCCCAACAAGGGAUUUUGGUUUGCGCUCGGAGCCUUCGCUUAAACGCAGCUCCUCCAUGUUCAUACCCCAGCUUGCCGCCUACACUGACCCACGGCCCACUAAGAGCUCCUCCAUGCACAUCUCCCUCCAGCGUUCCAAUGGAUCAAGUAAUGGAGAUUCCAGUGGCCAUGCUGAUGAUGUCCCGCCACCUUGUUAUACUCCCCCAGGACCGGCGCCUGCCUAUACCGAACCACAGAUACAAGCAGAUGUUCCACAGCAGCCGCCUCCUCCAUACUACAGCCCACAUUCUUUAAACUCACAAACUUUUCUGACAGAGCCGAACCUGCCCAAACGCAGGGUCUUUAGUAUUGGUUCAAAUGGCCAUGCUGUGUAUAGCCGAGGACAACCUGGCAUCAGUGUUGGUGGAAUCUGUAUCCAGAGGAACUCUCCUGAUGGUUCUGAUAUCCAGCAUUUCAGAAUCCUGCCUUACGGUGGUACUGGCUGGUCUGUCCAGCAGCAGAGCUUGGACCGUUGCUUAGGCGCUAAUGGUGGAACACAGAGACUAGUGUUUCAGCUCCAGCAAAAUCAGAACCAGGAUCAGAGGCAGGGCAGGCAACAGGCUGCUGCAUCACAGGAAGAAUGUACAGAUGUUGGCUUUGCCAGCUCUAGAGGUAGCCGUUUGGUGCAUUACCCCAGGAUUCGAUUGGAGAGAAACUCAUCUCAUCAGAGGCUGUUGCUGGAGAAUCAACAUCAGAAAACUGGUGCAGAUAGUCAGUCUACAGAGGAGACCCAACCAGACAUGGAGACACAGAGAAUGGAAGCAAGAAACAUAAAUAAUGGUUGUACUUUCAAAAUCAGUGGAGAUACCCCUAGAAGACAGCCUCAUUUCAAGAUAUACUUUACCCCGGGUGGAGGUGGAGAUCAGGAUGUGAGCCUUGGCAAUGAUCUGACGAGGAAUAAUCCCAAGACCAGAGAUGAUUUCCUGGGUCAAGUUGAUGUUCCACUCAGUCAUUUGCCGACAGAGGACCCAACUAUGGAGCGGCCCUACACGUUUAAAGACUUCCUCUUGCGGCCCAGAAGUCACAAGUCCAGGGUGAAGGGUUACCUGCGUCUGAAGAUGGCCUAUCUGCCUAAACAAGGAGGCCACGAGGAGGAGGCUGGAGAAAUGAGGGAGGAGGCUGAGGGAUGGGACGAGUCUGCGGACUCAGGCUCCCAGCGACCACAGCAGCUGCUGCCCCCAUUGCCCCCAGGCUGGGAGGAGAAGGUGGACAACCUGGGACGCACAUACUACGUCAACCACAACAACCGCACUACACAGUGGAAACGGCCCUCCAACAUGGAUGUGAUAUCAGAGACUGAGAGUGACAAUCAGCAGCGGCAGAUCCAUCAGGAAGCACACCGUGUUUUCCGUUCAAGACGCCACAUUAGUGAAGACCUAGAGAAUGAGCACCUGGAGCCCCGGGACAUGGACAAUUCCUGGGAGCUCAUCACGGAAGAGGAUCCUAACGACAGCUUGUCCCAGUCUCUGCCUGGCCCCUCCUCCAUCUUGACACCACAGCACCCACCAACACCCGUCACCCAGGAGUUUGCCGAAGAUUUGAAUCUGAGGCUGUCACUCACUCCCGAUACCAACGGCGAAGUCCCCGGGCCCAGCUCUGCUCUGACCCAGCUGUCAAACAGACUCCGUUCCUCCAGUAUGACAGAUGGCGUCAGUGAUCAGGCCCAGGCUCCUCCUCUCACGCAGAAUUCCCAGAUCAGAAGAACAAGAGCUCAAACAGUCUCAGGUGGUGAGGAGCCUAUGUCUCCCUCGGCGACUGCUUACACCUUGACCACCCCUGGCCUGCCCCCUGGAUGGGAGGAGAGGAAGGAUGCCAAGGGAAGAACUUAUUACGUCAACCAUAACAACCGCACCACAACCUGGACUAGGCCAAUUGUGCAGCUGACCGAAGACGGAGCCAGCACCUCGGCAGCAGCAGCAGCAGCAGCAUCAGGAGGAGCCUCGGCCCUGGCACCCGCAUCCACCCCCUCCUCCUCCUCCAAUGCCUCCAACAACCACCUCCAUGAGCCCCAAGUCCGACGACCUCGUAGCCUCAGCUCCCCUACUGUCACCCUUUCCACCCCCUUGGAGGGAGCCAACAAUAUCCAGGUACGGAGGGCUGUGAAGGACACGUUCUCCAACCCCCAGUCUCCCCAGCCGUCCCCCUACAGUUCCCCCAAGUCACAGCACAAGGCACAACAGAGCUUCCUGCCCCCGGGCUGGGAGAUGAGGAUAGCCCCCAACGGACGGCCUUUCUUUAUCGACCACAACAGUAGAACAACCACCUGGGAGGAUCCUCGGUUGAAAUAUCCAGUCCAUAUGAGGAAUAAGAACUCAAUGGAGCCUGGUGACCUUGGUCCUCUUCCUCCUGGAUGGGAAGAAAGAGUUCACACAGACGGACGCACCUUCUACAUUGACCACAAUACAAAGAACACACAGUGGGAGGACCCCCGUCUGCAGAGUCCAGCUAUCACAGGGCCCGCUGUUCCCUACUCCAGAGAGUUCAAGCAGAAAUACGACUACUUCAGGAAGAAAUUGAAGAAACCUGCUGACAUCCCCAACCGAUUCGAGAUGAAGCUGCACAGGAACAACAUCUUUGAAGAGUCGUACCGUCGCAUCAUGUCCCUGAAGAGGCCGGAUGUUCUCAAGGCGCGGCUGUGGAUCGAGUUUGAGUCGGAGAAAGGCUUGGACUACGGUGGCGUGGCCAGAGAGUGGUUCUUCCUCUUAUCUAAGGAGAUGUUCAAUCCUUACUACGGCCUGUUUGAAUACUCUGCCACGGACAACUACACUCUCCAAAUCAAUCCCAACUCUGGCUUGUGCAAUGAGGAUCACCUCUCCUACUUCAAGUUCAUCGGGCGUGUGGCAGGAAUGGCUGUGUUUCAUGGAAAACUACUGGAUGGUUUUUUCAUCCGACCGUUCUACAAGAUGAUGCUGGGAAAACAGAUCUCUCUUAAAGACAUGGAGUCUGUGGACAGUGAAUACUACAACUCUCUUAAGUGGAUCCUGGAGAACGAUCCCACUGAGCUGGACCUGAGGUUUUGUAUUGAUGAGGACAACUUUGGGCAGACGUACCAGGUCGACCUGAAGCCCAGCGGCUCAGACAUGGUGGUCACCAACGAGAACAAAAAGGAAUACAUAGACCUGGUCAUCCAGUGGAGGUUUGUCAAUCGAGUCCAGAAGCAGAUGAAUGCCUUCUUGGAGGGAUUCACUGAGCUCAUUCUUAUAGAUCUGAUCAAGAUCUUUGAUGAAAACGAACUGGAGCUGCUGAUGUGUGGUCUGGGAGAUGUCGACGUCAACGACUGGAGACAACACACUGUUUACAAAAACGGCUACUGUCCCAACCAUCCUGUCAUACAGUGGUUCUGGAAGGUUGUCCUGCUGAUGGAUGCUGAGAAGAGAAUCCGACUCCUCCAGUUUGUCACGGGAACAUCUCGGGUGCCAAUGAACGGCUUUGCCGAGCUUUAUGGUUCUAAUGGUCCUCAGCUGUUCACAAUUGAGCAGUGGGGGACACCAGAUAAGUUGCCAAGAGCUCACACAUGUUUCAACCGCUUGGAUCUGCCAACCUACGAAUCAUUCGAGGACCUGAGGGAGAAACUCCUCAUGGCUGUGGAGAACGCGCAGGGCUUCGAGGGGGUCGACUAAAAGUGACUGAGCCCAACCGACCGACAAUUUGAGAAAAGAAAAAUAAAAUAAAACCAACCACAGAGAAAAGACAAAACAUAAAGCCACAGGGAUGUCAAACCAGCUGCUGUAGCAGUUCUGUGCGAGCAUGUUGUACUGUAAUGCCUGACUGUGAGCCACCAACACAGCACAGUGGUUUGAGACUGUACAGCGACUUGUCGAGCCAAUAUGCCUACGUCUUUGUAUCUUUUUCAGUGUGGGUAGGUCACUCCUUAAAGGUGCUGGGGAAAGAAAGGGAGCGUUGCACUGUCGAAUGCUGAAAUCCGCUGUCCGCAGGCAUAAGCGACGACUGAUGAGACCCGAUUCUUUCCCCUCUACCCUUGUCCUGUGAAAAUCUACAGUGCUGGAAAACACUAAUGCAUUUCGAUAGCUCCUUUAUGUACACUAUAGCACAGUGUUCAAGCACCCUUCAGUGGAAGGGUCUUAGCAUGGCCUUAAUCUGGCUCCUACAUGCACUGUUUCUCAAAGAAACUGCAAUGGCACUAUGAUCACACCUCUCUCAAAUCCUUAGACCAACACCAGAUUACCUUAGGAAUGCUAGCCAAUCACAUUUCAGGAAAUCGGCCACACCCCUCCGUAGAGCCUUGUUCAUGUUGUGUGAUCAGAAAUCGCCGCUGCAGCCUUUUGUAGAAUAAAGUUUUUGGUUUUGUUUUUUUUUAACCACUGGUAAGGAUUCAAGAAUGGGGGAUGGCAUAAUCCCCAAAGAUGAUUUUUUUUUUAUAGAUUUUGGCGUCUUUUUUUUUUUUUUUUUUUUUUUUUAAAUAAUCAAUCAAUCAUGGUAUAAUUCUUGCAGGAAAAUACUCUCAACGUAUUUGUACUGAUGAACAAUGUUGUUUACUAUUUUGACGAUUCUAUAUGACAUGGUGUGUGAAGUGUAAAUCCGGCUAGUCUGGGAAACGAUUAAUCCAUAUCAUUUGUUAAGGUGAUAGCAAAUGUGUUGAAUAAAAUGGUUUUUAUUGUAGUGCUAUGAAAGCAGCAUGAAACUGUAUCUUGUGUUUGCUUUGACUACAUAGUAAUUUGGACGUGUAAUCGGUCUCGAGGUCGGGAAGGGAAAACUAAAACUGGGGGUAGUUUCUCGGAGACGUCAUGAUUAUAUUAAUAUUCUCAUGCCUGUUGCUGUUCAUAAUGCUGUAAAUUGUUCUUGGAAAAAAAAAACAUGUUUUAAGUUCUUUCAUGAUAUAUAAAUAUAUGUAUGUAUUACAUUUAACAGAAGUAUUACUGAUCAACAACACUAAAAUGAAGCUGCGUGUGUGUGCGCGGGUGUUUGAGAGAAAAGCUGUGAUUGCCACUGAAUAUAAAGCAGCACGUUUCUUACAAAGAAAAACAAUGUUUUUUCUUUCUUUUUUAUGUUUUUGUUUCUCUCUCCUUUUUCUAACACCGUUGAACCUAAAGGGCACUUUAUAGAUCACUCUGAGGUCAUGCCGCCUAUUGUAUGUCUUGUCAUUAACUUGAAUGUGAUUCUUUUUUUUUUUUUUUUUCAUUCAUAGCACGUACCUGGUGCAAUAUAAAUAGUCUGUAAAUCUGGGCUGCUGCUAAGGUAGGAAAAGUUGACAGAAGUGAAGCAGAGACUUCACAUCCUUUAGUAUUCUCUAUUUUAUCUCUUCUUUUGUCCCCUUUCUCGACCUUGUCUUCCCUUGUGUCUCCUCCCUCCCGUGACUCCCACCGCUCAAACUGGCUCGAGUCAGUUUGGCGGUUUUCUUUUUGUAAUAAAUGACAGUAAAAUCUCACUUUUAAGAUUCCACCACUCUCUGCAACUCCUUGUGGUUCAUUUAACUUCAGUCAAAUAAAAAUGAAACUUCU